UUGUCUUCUCUCUAUUUUCUCUCUCUCGAGUUUCGUAUUAUUUUAUCUCCCCUAUAAUAUCCAUUACUCAGUUACACCUUUUCUAUACAUAUAAUACGAUCGGUCAUCUUAUAGUUUUUUUUUCGUAACAAGACCGUUCGUCGAGUCUUGUCUUCCGAUAUUGAAUCCAGGCUUCAGUAUCGUCGAAGAGUCUAUACAUGGCUCCAGUCUCGUUGCCUCCUGGUUUCAGGUUCCAUCCAACGGACGAAGAACUAAUCACAUACUAUCUCAAAAGAAAGAUCAACGGUCGAGAGAUUGAGCUAGAGAUUAUCCCUGAAGUAGACCUUUACAAAUGCGAACCAUGGGACUUGCCAGGGAAAUCAUUGCUUCCAAGCAAAGAUCAAGAAUGGUACUUCUUCAGUCCACGGGACAGAAAGUACCCCAAUGGUUCAAGAACAAACCGGGCAACAAAAGGCGGUUACUGGAAAGCCACCGGCAAAGACCGGCGUGUGAGUUUGAGAGAUCAAGCCAUAGGAACCAAGAAAACACUAGUUUAUUACCGUGGACGCGCCCCACACGGUAUUAGAACUGGUUGGGUCAUGCAUGAAUAUCGCCUUGAUGAAACUGAAUGCGAGCCUACUGCAUUCGGCAUGCAGGAUGCAUAUGCACUUUGCCGCGUUUUUAAGAAGAUAAUUAUUGAAGCGAAACCAAGAGAUCAACAUCAGCAGCCUUACGUCCACACGAGUUCAAAUAUAAGUGGUAACUCAAGUUUUGACGUUAGUUCGGAUCUUGAGAUAAGUUCAAAUGGACAUCAGAUUCCACCUUAUAGUAACGCUACCGAGACCCAACCUCGGUUUGGAAACGCAAACACAAUGAGUAAGCAUGAUGAGUGGUCACAAUACUUGUCACAUGACAUGCCUCAAAGAUUUUCAAAUUACGGAUCUCCUUAUGGAUCAUACCUCAAUCAAUCAAAGGUGUAUACAGGAACUGAAUGUGGAAUGUUGCAACAUCAAAUAUCAAUGCCACCAUUGCACGUAAAGAACUCGCCGGUUCAGACCAGCAUUUUCUCCAAUGAAAUGAAUCAAAACAGCGGUCAAUGCGGUUUCGAUGACUUUACUUUCGCUGCACGUAAGUCCAACCAUCUCUAUAACAACAACACUGAUGAUCAUUUGAUACACAUUGGAAAUAUCGAUGAACAAAUGCUCAGUGCUGGAAAUUCGGCAUGGAUGAACAUGUCCAACGAGAACUUUAAACAGAGUUUUGUAGAAGAAGAAGCCAUUUUGCCAAGCUUCGAGGACAAUGAUCAAGAUCUUGAAUAUUAUGGCAGAUCUCAGACCAAUACAAUCAACAACAUAGAGAUCGAUGAGUUUUUCUCAUUUGAGGACCGAGUAGAAGACACUGAUAAGUCAAACAUAACUCCAAACUCUCAAGGAUCAGGAAUGAUCGAACAAGAGAUUAGAGUAGACCAUAAAAUGCUCAUUUGCACACGUCAAACAACUCAAGUUUUAUAUCACCAAGUCGUUCCGUCGCAGGUUUUGAAAAUUCACAUAAAUCCUGUUGCAAAUAAUGAAGAGAGAAGAUUGUUUAUGGAGGAAGAAGACAAGGAUUCUUGGUUCCAGAAAGCUGAAUAUGUUGCCAAGAUGAAACUGAAGCAUAUUAGUUUAGUUGCAAAACAUUAUUACAAGUGUCUUACAAUUAUUUUCUGAUAUUUUGUUUAUCCAAUACUAUUGUAAAAGAAGAGGGUAUACUAUAUACUAUAUAUAUUGUAAUCUUGAUUGAUUAUCAUUGUGAUUGGUAACAUAUUAUUGGGGAGAGAAAACCUUAAGCAUAAUACAGUAUAUUGUUU